AGGCCAGGCUCAGUCAUUGCCGCUCGAGACGCAGUGGGAGCAGCGCAACCCGGGGAGCUGGAGCCGGGAGGGAGCGAGGGAAGGACGGAAGGAAGGGACGAGGGAAGGAACGAGGGAGGGAGGAUGAAGAUGCAAGCCGAGGUGAUCCGCGAGGGCGAGCUAGAGAAGCGGAGCGACAGCCUUUUCCAGCUGUGGAAGAAGAAGCUGGUAGUGCUCACCAAGGACAGCCUCAGCCUUUUCCCCGACGGGCACAAGCGGGCCAAGGGCAAGGAGCUGGGCUUCGGCUCCAUCCUCAAGGUGGACUGCGUGGAGCGCACGGGCAAAUACAUCUACUUCACCAUCGUCACCAAAGACCGCAAGGAGAUUGACUUUCGGUGCCCGGACCAGAGCUGCUGGAACGCCUCCAUCACCAUGGCUCUCAUCGACUUCCAGAACAAGAGGGCCAUCCAGGACUUCAAGAGCCGCCAGGAGAUGGAGCAGGCAGCGGGCACCCAGGAGCGGUGA